GAGUUAGUGAAGAAGGGGUGGGUUUAGAACGUUAUUCAUUUUUCGAGAAGCGUUGCGAAUCCCAUACUCAGAAGCUCAGGCAGAGGCGUGAACGCCCGGCACAUCGGCCCGAAGCCCAUAUUUGCUAACCCUCCCCAAUUGAAACACGCCCAAACAGUCUCAUCUUUUUCUCCCUCCAUGGCAGACCCCACCGAAUGGACCCUCCAAUCCCCUCCCUUCGACAGUAUCUCCCAAGUUCGGUUCUCACCGACGAACCCCGAGCAUCUGCUGGUGUCUUCUUGGGAUGCGACGGUCCGGUUCUACGACUCGAGCGAAAUCGUGAACGAGCAAAAAACGAAAUUCGACCAUCGGGCGGCGGUGUUGAGCUGUUGCUGGGAGAAUGGGACGAGCGCGUUUAGCGGCGGGCUGGAUUGUACCGUCCGGCACUUGGAUAUCAACACAGAAACAACAACCCCCCUAGGCGCGCACGACGACUCGAUAUCCUCCAUGGUGUGGUCCGCCCCGCAAAACGCCCUCAUCACGGGCUCGUGGGACCGGACCGUCCGAUCCUGGGAUCUCCGAGAGGGAGGCACACCGCAACAACAGCAGACGAUGCCAGAGAGGGUGUACCACCUCGAUAUUGUGGGCCACAUGCUCGUGCUGGCUAUGGCGAGCCGCCUGGUGCGGAUAUACGAUACGCGGCGGAUGGAUGCGCCUCUGCAGGAGAGGGAGAGCAGUUUGAAGUAUUUGACGAGGUCGUUGGCUUGUAUGGCUAAUGGGGAGGGAUAUGCGAUGGCCUCGACGGAGGGGCGGAUCGCAGUGGAGUAUUUCGACGCGUCGCCCGAAGUGCAGGCGAACAAGUACGCGUUCAAGUGUCAUAGGCAGGCGAUUGAUGGUGUGGAUCAUGUUUGGCCGGUUAAUGCGCUGGCCUUUCAUCCUACGUACAACAUGUUCGCUUCUGCGGGUUCAGAUGGGACCGUCUCUAUCUGGGAUCCCAAAGCGAAGAAGCGGCUGAGGCAGUUCAACAACUUCAAUAAUGCCGUGUCGAGCGUCGCGUUUAAUUGUGAUGGGGGGAGACUGGCGAUAGCGAGUUCGUAUACGUGGGAUGAGGGCGAGGCGGGGGCGAAGACGGCGGAGAGGCCGGCGAUUACGGUGAAGAAGAUGGGGGAGGAGAUCAAGCCAAAGUAGGCGUAGCGUGUAUGUUUUGUGGGGUAAUUGCUAGCGAUUUUGUUGUUUUUGGAGAACAAUGAGGAUGAGGAUGAAUAUAAGGGUAUGCCUUUCCUUUGUGUUCCGU